AUGACGGCGACUGCGAGGCAGUCAGCAACAUCGAGAAAGCAACCUGCGAUCGCAAUGCUCAAUGGAAACGCUUUUACGGUUAAGCGGCUCUUAGCGCUGCUGAUCAUCUUCACAGUCGUGGACGCGAGUCGAUCCCUGGAGCUGGGCGACAAGUGCCAGCAUGACAUGGACUGCACGGAUUUCAUCAAGGGCAGCAGCUGCUCCGCCCUCGGAUACUGCGAGUGCGCCCCCUACUUCGUCCAGUUGGAUUCCAAGCGCUGUUUGUCAUCCCAACUCCUUGGCGGCGACUGCCAGCUGAGCGAGCAGUGCUCCAUGAAGGUGGCCAAUAGCAGUUGUCUGGAGGGGGCAUGCCGCUGCGUCGAGGGAUUCCUGCAGUUCCGCAAGCACACCUGUCUGGGACCUGCCCAUCCUGGUGCCGUUUGCUACAGCCACGCCCACUGUCAAAUGUUCGACACCCGCACCCACUGUGACUUCCUCAUCCCGAAUCUCUUCGGACGCUGCCAGUGCACAAGUCCCGCCAAAAUGGUGGGUGGUCUCUGUGUGGCCCCAGCGGCGGAUCAGGAGGAUCAGACUCAGGAACAGGCCAUCCAGAAGGUGGAGCAGCCAGCCAGCAGUACCACUACCACUACCACUAGCACGACGACAACGACAACCACUCCUAGGCCCACAACUAGAACCACGAGAAGAACAACGACGACAACAACCACGACCACCACUCCAGCACCAACAACAAGAGGAACAACAACGACCACCAGCACAACGACCACGACAACUGCUGCUCCCAUUCUCCUAGAAGAUGAACUGCCGGCCAGCGUGGAGGAGCAAUCGCUGGAGGAAGACGAUGGUGAGACCACCAAGCUGAGACCCGAGGUCGUUGAGGUUGAUAAUGGUGAGAAAUUGGAGGCUGUGGACAUGGCCCAUGAGGAAACCGAACUGACACAGCAGCAGAAUCAAUUGGAGGAGCAGCAGCAUCAGGAGGAGGAACAGAAACAUCAAGAGGAGGAACAACACAGGGUUGAGCAGCAGCAAACCGAAGUGGAGGAGCAGCAGCAUCAGCAGGUCAUAGCCCAACCAAGCGACACAGAGCUGCCACAAUUAUCCCAAGAUGCAACCACUGGAGUCCAACAGCUGCUCACACCCGCCGAUGUGCCAACCGAGGAUGCCAUUAAUGCGGAGCAGGAGACCGAGGCCGGACCCACCGAGGAUUACCCAUACAAGAUCGAUGAGGAGUAUACGGAGGAGCACAAUGACAAGCCAGAAGCUCCAGAAGCUCCAGAGCUGACAGUGGAUCAACCUGAGCACGAAGAGACCCCUGUGGCACCCGAAAUCGUGCCCAUCGAAGCGGAUGAGGAGGCUGCUGAGGCCUCGGGCGGUGAAGAGAUUGCCUCAUCGCCCAUCGACGAUACCAUGAAAUUCGAUUAUGAAACCUCAGUGGAUGAAGCUGAGCCAGCCAAGCCUGAAGAUGAGAAGGAGCCAGAGGUGGUACACCAGGCCAUUAAGGAGGAGGUGGUGCCCAUCGAUACCGAGAGCGAGACUGAUGCAGACACUAGCACCGAGCCCCAGAUCCAGACGCAGCUGCUGCAGGAGGAUGGGGAGCCAGAGACAUCCCAGACUGUGGCCGAUGAAGAACUGAUCCCGGUUAAUGAAGCCGAAAUCGAAAGUGUGACGAAGGCAGCCGACGUGGCUGACGAGAAACCAGAGGAGGAAGAGACACCUGAGGAUCUGGCUUCUGGAGAUCAUGAGCUGGAUGUUGCUGUGGCCAGCCACGACGAUGAGGUGGAGCCGCCCAAGCAGGAGGAGCCAACAGAAGCGUUGAAGAUCGAACAGCCAGCCCAGGUGGAGAGUGAAAGCCCAGUCGUCGACGAGGUGGGAAAACCAGAGGAGCCACACACCGAAGUGGAAAUAGAAAAAGAAAUAGAAGAAACGCCAGCGACCGAAGCCGCAGAAGUGGAGCUGCCGGCCACAGAAGCCAAACCAGAUGUGGAAUCCGAGAUCGAUCAGGUGGAACAAAGCGCCGACAUCAAGCCGACAAGUGGCGAAGAUGAUUUAAAUGAAGCCAAUCAAUUAAAUCAAGACCAAGUCACCGAACCAGCCGCUCUGGAGCUAGAGGAGAUCGAAGAAAAAGAGCCCGAGCAGGUGGUGGAAAUCCAUCAAGAUGCAGAUGAAGCCACAACGGAGAAACCCGAUCAUGAUCACGACCAGGAGGAGGCGGAGGCAAUCACCGAAGCGGAGCACGAACAAUUGACAUACCCAACAAAUGAUGAUGAAUUGGCGCCAGUGGAAAUAGAACCAGAGCUAACCACAGAGGAACCAGAAGUCGCCGAGAAUACCACCGAGCUCCUCGAGCAACAGCAGCAACAGCAGCAGCAGCAGCAGGAUGAGGAGGAGAUUGAAGAGGCGGCACUUGGACAUGGGGAGGAGCAGCAGGUGGAGCCCGAGGAAAAUGCAAAUGCAAUUAAGACGCCCGAAGUGUCGGAAGCAAUUGCAGAGCCCCAGGCGGAUCUGGAAACCCCAUCAGCCACCGAGAAAGAGAUCGAACCACAGACAGCCGACCAUGUCGAGGAGGAGCCAGUGGCGAUAACCGAGCGUAUUCAAGUGCCAGAGCCAAAGCCAGAGGCAGAGCCCAAGCCCGAGCCAGAAAUUGAGCCCACUAAUGACGAGGUGUCGCAGGUGGAUGCGGAUCAGGCCGAGCCAGAGCUGCCAAUUAAGAGCGAUACCGACAUCUCGGAGGAAGCCACCGAGGAACCUGCUCAGACGGAGGCUGCACCCGAGGUGGAAACGGAAACCGAGGCCAGUGAAAGUGCUCAGACAUCUCCAGAGAUAAGCGUGGAGCAAGAUGAAGUGGAGAUCGAAAAAAACGAGAAUGACAACAUCAUCCAGGGAGCCGAACCCACUGAAGAAGAGGAACACAUCCCGGAACCACAACAUAUGCCACAAGAGGAGGCAUCGCCAGUGCCAGAGGAAACCGCAGCUGUUCCCGAGGAGCAGGAGCUGGCCAAGCCAGAUGUAGACUACACCAGUGUGGAGCAUUUACAGGAACUUUCCCAGCCCGAGGAAACUACAGCUGCCAUUGAGGCGGAAGAAUUCGACUCUCGCGAGUCCACUCUGGCUCCAGAGGCACCAGAGGCUCCAGAGGAACCAGAGACACCAGAAGCUCCAGAGACACCUAUUGCCAUUGUGAGCGAGGAACACGAUCCCGAACAUGAUCCUCAGAACUUCCACGAGAGCGAGAGCAUUGCCGAUAUCCUUAGCGACCUCAUGUUGGAAGGCGACAGCACUGUGCCCCCUGUUCCAUUUGGCCAACAACCCGCCCAAACGGUUCCCAUGGUGGAGGCAAACUCGGAGAACGAGGAGGAGCACGCACAUGAGGCCGUUUCGGAUCUCCAGGCUGAAGCCGAUGAGACCCUGGAUCAUGCCGAGCAAGUGCAACCGGCUGGAGAACCAGAAACUGCCAUCCCCGAACUGUUUGCUGAGGCAGCUAAGGAUGAGGAGGAUGUCCCAGCUUUCGCGGAAGCUGAUGAAGUGAAAACAGAACCACCAAGUGCUCUAGAGGAGGAACAUCCCAUUCCCAGUGAAGAGGAGCACACGCCCGUGGAAGAGGAGCACCAGGACCAAGAAGCGGAGCACCAGCAGGAUCAAGACGAACAGCAGCAGGAUGAAGCGGAAGCCCCAAAGGAAGAGGAAGCCCUUAAGGAAGUUGAAACCGAAAGCCUGCCUGAAGAAGCCACCACUGAAAAGAUUCAGGAGCCCGAGCUCGAACCCGAGGAAGAACACACCCUGUCGCCCGAGGAACUGCCCUUCGAUCUAACAGAUCACUCCGUGCCGAACCGCUUCAAUGAGCUGGAAUCCGAGAGUCUCAUUCUGGAAGCCACCACCAGCAUCGACGGUCUGCAGGAGCUGGACAACAACCAUAUUGAGGAGGAGGAGGAGCCCGCCGCUCACGCCAUCCCACAUGAGGAGGCCACGCCCAAUCCUGCUGACAUUGUGGAGAUCACCACCCAGACCAUGUUGGGCCUGGCCAGCCGUGUGACCCUAAUGGAGCCAGCCGCUCCCGUGGUGACCACGCUGAUGCCCCUGAUGACCGCCGAUGAACCCACUCCGGAACCCGUUGCUCCGGCCGCCAUUCCUCCCGCAUCUCUGCCUGUCAUCAAACCCGGUACGGAGUUGCGCAAGCGCGUGGAUUUGGGUCUGGAGGCAGUUUCCCUGGGAUUGGCCUGCAGCAGCGAUCGUCAGUGCCAGUUGGCUGAUCCCCACACCGUGUGCAAUGGACGAGGAGUCUGCGAUUGCGCUGCCGGAGAUGAGGGAACGCAGUGCAGCGCCGAGAGAACCGGAUGCAGUCCGGGAACCUUCCAGUGCCGCUCGAGUGGCGUGUGCAUCUCGUGGUUCUUUGUGUGCGACGGCCGCGCCGACUGCAAUGACGCCUCCGACGAGGAGUGCACCCACAAUGCCCGCCGCAACCAGACCUGCCCCACGGAAUCGUUCCGCUGCCAGCUUAGCGGUCGCUGCAUCUCGCGUGCUGCGCUGUGCGAUGGCCGGCGCCAGUGUCCACAUGGCGAGGACGAGAUGGGCUGCGAUGGCAGCCUGAAGGGCGGCAACGCCUGUCCACCGCACACCUUCCGCUGCGGCAGCGGCGAGUGCCUGCCGGAGUACGAGUACUGCAAUGCGAUCGUGUCCUGCAAGGACGGCAGCGACGAGCCGCCGCAUCUCUGUGGCUCCCGCGCCCUACCCAACCUCUUCAUGCGCCUCAUCGAGGCGGGCGGUCUGCUCGGCGGGGGGCGGCGGGAGGCUGACGCCUACUGCCCGCACCGCUGCAGCAACGGACUGUGCCGCUCCACCGCCAUCGUCUGCUCCGGACGGGAUGGCUGCGGCGAUGGCACCGACGAGCAAACCUGCGCCGUCUGCCGUUGUCCCGCCCCGACUGCUGCCAGUCUGCCCGCAUUCUUGGCCCGGCAACGCCCCAUGCCGCUGUGGUAG